GCUAUUACUUUAGUAUUUUUCAGCAUUACUGGCAAGUUGCUUUGUGGUGCCGGCUGUGAGGAGCGCGCGGCUGGGCAGCAGCACGAGCAGUUUCACCUCGUAAGUGACUCCAGGUUGUGAACCAUGGCAACAUACCAGUAUCGCCAGGAGCCCCUGACAACCUGUCCCUACAACCCUGCACACCAGGUGAAGCUUGGUCGGCUGCAGAUCCACAUCACCAAGUGCAAGAAGGCACACCUAGACAAGGAUAUGAAGCAGUGCCCAUUCUCGGCUGAACAUGUGGUUCCUGCCAGUGAGCUGAUGCACCACAUCUACACAUGUCCUCUGAACACAACAGUAGAGCGCUUUCUCACAGCUUCAGAGAAAGACAAGCCCACGGGGAAUGUUGCCCUGCCGCCUGCUGCCGAGGAUGUGCCAACGGAGGAGAAUUGGGACGAAGAGAUCAGUGGCUCAACCAGCCUGGAGGAUAAGAUUCCGAGGCCGUCUGUAGCUCCUGUGUUUGUGAAUGUCCAAGCGAUGGCACCGGCAGAACGCCGGCACUACUACGCAUCGUUGCACAGCCAGGCAGAUGAGCUGUUGCCGAGCGACAUGAAGCCAAGGGUGUUGCCGCAGGCGAAGACACUGGAAGAGGAGGAAGAGGAGAUGCUCCCCAUGCCACCCAUGCCCAAGACUGAGUCCAAGGUCCUUCUGAAACUGAAGGCAGCGGAGGAAGCCCUGCAGAGGAAGUUUGGUCCAGGGGUGCUAGUUGACGACAGUGACAGUGGCGACAGUGGUGAUGAGUCGGACCAGCUGUUCAAGACCCACGUGCACCGCAUGGGACUGGGCCGUGGCUACGCUUCCGCUGCUGCUGCCAAGGCCAGAGCUGCUCAUGCAAGCGAUAACGACCUGGAAGCGGAAGUGCGGUCACGGAUGAAGCUCAUGGGCCUUGGACGUGGGCGUCCUCUUCCCCGCAACUGAUGAGCGGCAUUAAGAAGCCCUCAGCAGCUUCUUGGCACAGCGCUCUAGACAGGCGAUGGAGUUGUGCCUCACCAAGCAGACACCUAUGAGCUUCUGCAAUGUAGUUUUUAAGACUUAACAUCCACGCAAAAGGAUAAGCAUCUGAAGUCAGUCAUUUCAUCGCAACAUUUUUAGUAGUCGGGGCAAGAAACUCUGCAGAGCAUUGUGAUAACAUCUAUGCAUGCACAUGAGCAGCCGUCAGCGGCAGCGAUUUAUGCAUCGCAUAGCACUCUUUGUUAUUCAUUCAUUGUUCAUCUUCGGAGGCUUUGCGUUGUCUCUCCCCAUUGUUUUCUGUUCAUGGUGUGGCCAAGUCCCAAGUGCCUAAUAAAGAGUUUCACUCAC